UUCGACCCCCUGCGCAACGAGUAUUUUUUCGACCGGAACCGGCCCAGCUUCGACGCCAUCCUCUACUACUACCAGUCGGGUGGGCGCAUCCGACGACCUGUCAACGUCCCCAUCGAUAUCUUCUCUGAGGAGAUCCGCUUCUACCAGCUGGGGGAGGAGGCCAUGGAGAAGUUUCGGGAGGAUGAGGGUUUCAUUCGAGAGGAGCAGCGGCCGCUUCCUGACAAGGAGUUUCAACGCCAAGUGUGGCUCCUCUUUGAGUACCCUGAGAGCUCUGGACUUGCCAUAGUCUCUGUCUUGGUCAUCCUUAUCUCUAUCGUCAUCUUCUGUCUGGAGACCCUGCCUGAAUUCAGGGAUGACCACGACUAUGAGGGAACUGGGGGGACCUUUGGGACAGGUGCUGCUUCCAUGGUGUCGUCCUUCACCGACCCUUUCUUUGUAGUGGAGACUUUGUGCAUCAUUUGGUUCUCCUUUGAGCUGUUGGUCCGCUUCUUUGCCUGCCCCAGCAAGGCCACCUUCUCCAAGAACAUCAUGAACAUCAUUGACAUUGUGGCCAUCAUUCCCUACUUCAUCACGCUGGGCACCGAGCUGGCUGAGAGGCAAGGCAACG